GAGGGGUUCCGAUUGUAGUUGGGGAUUCCCAGUCUCCAUUCCCGGAAAACCUUACCUCGAAAGAGUGAUAGGGCGACGCAAAAUAAGAUCAAAUGUAGGCCUGGUAGACGAUUUUGAAAUUAAUGACACUGUUGAUAAGGUUAGCAUACAGAAAAAAAAUUGUUCUGUGAUAUUACGCUGUCAUACUUUUUCAUAAUAACUAUUCUUUAACCACUAAAAUUGUUUGGUGCCUGAUCAUCUCUCCUCAUGAUCUGGGAAGCAUCCGUGGUAUCUCCCUGACAUGGCACCAGUUAUCGGGCACAUAUAUAAGGCGCCGGUGAUUGCAGACAGUCAUGUCCGAACCAGAGGUGUGUACCAUCUGUAUGGAUACAUAUAAAAACCCAAAGAUUUUACCAUGCAGUCACACAAUGUGCCAGGAAUGUCUAGAGAAAAUGAUAGCAUCUGGAUAUAGAUCAGAUGUUCUUGUGUGUCCGAUAUGUAGGAAACAGCAUCAAGUUCCAGAAGGAGGUGUAGGAAAGUUUAUGCCGAACUAUUUUGUUUCCACGUCAUCAGAGCACUCCAUUACAUGCCAUGUAUGUGAAAUUAUUUUAUCAGAUUUUCAAAAGAAAUCUGGAAGAUGUUCAUAUUGUAAUGGGCAAAUGUGUGCUCCCUGCUAUAAGAACCAUAGACACCCCGAGAAUGAGGUCAGAGGAUUUCAACAGGAAGAUGAAUACAGUGACGGUUUGAAUUUAGAUGGCUCUCAUCGCAACACUAUGCAUAACCUCAUGAUGCAGCUCCAGGGCAGGGCUCAGAGCAUCUUAACUGGAAGCAUGGUACAUUCAUUUCAGUGUGAACAGCAACAGGAACAGCAAACAAGAAUCUCACGUAUUGUGGUGACAGAGGAUAACAAACUGUGGAUCCUUGUAGGAAAGGGACCGUUCAUUAUAAAGUAUGAUUCCAAAGGCCUAGAACUUGAUCGAAAGUUUGUAGAUGGAAUAUUGUUGGACAUUGCAUUACACAAAGAUGGUUCACUACUUAUGAUAAUAGAAAACUAUCACUCUGUGAUGUGCUAUACAGAGUCACAGAUUAGGGAAUAUGUGAGUGCAGUAGACAGUCUCAGCCCACAGCGUAUUCUCAUGCUACCAUCAGGGUUUCUAUUUGUGAGUGCUGUAAACCUGACCUCUGAUCAACGACAGAAUGUCAUCCUUGUGUACAACACUCAGGGUUCUAUUAUCAACACUAUAGAGUGUGACCAGCAGGGUAUGGCAUUUGGCCCAAUUACCUCCCUUGCCAGCAAUCUUAAACAUGGACACAUUUGUAUUGUGGAUGAAAAACGACAAUGUGUAUUCUUCCUGAGAGAGGGUUUAUUUCCCCUGAUUUAUACCCGUCCUAAUGGAUUUCCUACUAGAAAUCGUGGAGGUGGAUUUUCCAACCCAAGGUACAGGGGUUUUAGACCAAAAUCACUGACUUGUGAUUCUAAGGGAAAUGUGUUUGUGUAUGAUGAUGCAUCAGGGAUGAUACAUGUGCUGAAUUCCUCAGCCAAACUUCUAGGGUUUGUUCUGACAAAUGAUGAAGAAUUAUCAGGAGAUCCAAGCUGUAUAACCAUUGAUAAUACUGAUAGGCUUGUGAUUGGGGACAACACAUCAGGGAAAGUUCGCAUUUAUGAUAUUGAUGCCAAUUACAAUAAUCUUGGUCAGAUAGAGGAAGAUGCUGGGUCAUUUUUUGCAUCAAUUCAACAGCGCAUAAAUGAUGCAGGAGAUGGUGUUGUCCAGGAACUAGCAGAUAUCUCCAGCCAAAUUAGUGUAAACCCGGAUACUUUGAUGAAUUUGGUACUUGAUAGACAACAGAAUGUCUGAGUUAGUAGCUUCACCAUUAUACAUAAAAUUAUCAUAACUAACAUAUACAUUAUUUGUCAGCUUUAACAUGGGGUAAAUAAUGAAAUGUAUAGAAUUGUAUUUGCAGUCUGUUUUGUGGAAUAAACAAACUUCCACAUUAAUAUUCAGCAUUAAGCUAUACAUAUUGAUGUUAUUAUCCUGUAUCAAGACUACCCCCUGACAUAGAUGUAACAUGUUCCCUAGGUCUAUCACCUGAUAGGUAUACAAAUUGGUUUAGUGAGGAGGAUCUCUACUGAAACCAUUAAAAUUACUGUGAUAUGUACAUUUAAUUAAGGUGCUAUAAUAUAUAUCCACAACUGAAGUGUGUGUGUGUGUGUGUGCACAGGUGUCUGCUUCUGGUUAGUAUUAAUAGAAAGAUGUAUUAGCCCUACUACAAGGUGUAACUCUCAAAAAACCAGAAGUGGGGUGAGCUACGAUUCCCUUUGAAUUUAAGUUCAAUUCGUUUAAACCACCAAAUGCACGUAAACGUCAGUAAGGUACCUUGGUUUAGAAUCCUUCAAUAUCAAUGCAUGUUAUUCCUUUGUCAUGUGACAAUAUUUUAAAGAUGAGAAGAUGGAUCAAAAGCAAUCAUAAAAGCCGACGAUGCAUUGACUGUGGAAUGGGAGUAAUCUGUAUACUUUAAGAGUGGUAUGUAGGGGCAGUCUGAUUGGUUGACAACUCUAUACACAAUACUAUAAUUGUCGACCAAUCAAGACCACCUUUCAAAAUCUAUGUAUCGACGAUUCAUAGAUCUUCAAGUGUUACGCCUUGUUAUAGUAUGAGUAGGGUUUGAUUUUUUUUUUUUUUUUUUCACUUAAUGAUACCCAGAAGCAAAGGCCUGUGGAAGGGUGUUUUUCUGCCAACUGUCUUUCAACUUCUAACUUAUUACAAUGUAUGCUUGGUACACACAAUACUUAUGUGGACACCUUCUGUAGUGAUGCAAGGGAUCGCAUUGGGGGCUUGGUGGUUCAAAGGUCACAAAUUUUUUAUAUGAGCUCACCAUGACCAUAUGUUAACUACACUGGUUGCUUGUGCCAAGACUUGAGUCACAUCGGGUAGCUCUUCAUUUCCGUAGGUCAAAGGUAGGUACAAAAAUGUAUCAUAUGAGCUGUUGCUUAAAAUAGAAUCAUAGUUCCUUACAUUCAAUUGGAGAAUAUUGAUCUGAUUCUAAUGAAACUUUUCAUUAGUACAGGUUUUGAUCUGAAAAGUGUAUAUCAUUGGUAAUUAGUUCUCGCAUAAGCCAAGCAACCCCCUCCCCUCCCCUUGUGUAAAUCACGAGUACCAUAUUUAUUCUCGCAAAAGCCCUCAGUAUUCUCAUUAAAUGAGGUUGCUGGCAAAAACAGCUUCAUAUUCCUUGAUUUUGACAUACAUUCAACCAGAUAUUUUAUAAAAUCUACUGACUAUCGUAUUUGAAAUUGCAGAUAAUUUAGAUAGCAGAUUUAAAGACGGCAAAAUUAACUGCAAGAGAGGUAUUUUCAAGCAACCAGUCUGAAACAUCUAAUUGGUUGAAAAUUUGGACAAAUGGAAUUGUGUGAUUUUCAUCAAAGCUGGUAUUGAAGUGUUAUAAUUAUAUAAUUCAUCACCACAAUGACAUUAUUUAAUUAUUUAAACAUAGUAUUAUUUUCAGUGAAAUUUGUUGAUACAUGUACCCUACAUUUAUUCCAAGUCUAUUUCUAGGCAAUGACUUCCUGUGAUUUCUGGCAAUUACAAUAUCUAUAGUUGAAAGCAUGUUAGUUCACCCACCCAAUUAAGAUUGAAAAUUUACUUAUUAAUGAGUAUGUGCAAUAUAAUUAGUGCUGUCAAAGCUUACAAAAACUGUACUGAGGAGUUUUUGCAUUUGUGUAUAUUAAAUAAAUUAAGCAAUGUU